AUGGAUGAGGAAAACAUGACGAGGAGCGAGGAGCAGCAGCAGCUGAGUUUGCAGAAGGCGCUGCAGCAGUGCGAGCUGGUCCAGAACAUGAUCGACAUUAGCAUCUCCAACCUGGAGGGGCUCCGCACCAAGUGCGCCGCCUCCAACGACCUCACGCAGAAGGAGAUCCGCACCCUGGAGAGCAAGCUGGUCAAGUACUUCAGCCGGCAGCUCUCCUGCAAGAGGAAGGUGGCCCUGCAGGAGCGCAACGCCAAGCUGGAGGGCUUCCCCCAGCUCCUGCACUGGUUCCGCAUCGUCGACAUCCGCAAGGAGGUGAUGGAGGAAAUAGCCCCAGGGCAGCUGAGCCUGGAGGAGCUGCUGGAGAUGACUGAUGAUCAGGUCUGUGAGACGGUGGAGAAGUUUGGGGCCAACAGUGAGGAGUGCGCCCGCCUCAACGCAUCCCUCUCCUGCCUCCGCAGCGUCCAUAAGUCUGGCGGCAGCCUCUCCAAGCAGGACUGGACCAUCCAAUGGCCCACGACGGAGCCGGGCAAGGAGAACCAGCCAGGCUGUCCUCAAGAAGCCGCCCCGUGGAGCCGCACGCACCUCUCGGCCAGCCCCAAACCCCCCGCCAAGUGCGCCCAGCACCACUGCCACGGCCCCCUCUACACCCACGUGGACCGCCUGACUGUGGAGGGCCACCCGGGGCUGUGUCCCCCCGUGGAAUCCGGCCACCGUUCCCUGCCUCCCUCCCCUCGGCAGCGGCACGCCGCUCACACCCCGCCGCGCACCCCCAACAUCGUCACCACCAUGACACCGCCGGGCACGCCGCCGCUGCGCCGCAGGAACAAGCUGAAACCCCCCGGCACCCCCCCACCUGCCUCCCGAAAACUCAUCCACCUCCUGCCUGGCUUCACAGCCCUGCACCGCAGCAAGUCGCACGAGUUCCAGCUGGGGCACCGCGUGGAUGAGGCGCACACCCCCAAAACAAAGAAGAAGAAUAAGCCCCUCAACCUCAAGAUCCACAACAGUGUGGGCAGCUGUGAGAACAUCCCUGCGCAGCGCUCACCGCUGCUAUCUGAGCGCUCCCUGCGGUCCUUCUUUGUGGGCUACCCUCCCUUCCUGCCCUCCACACCUCCUGUCCACACUGAAGCCACCUUCUCUGCAAAUACGCUGUCAGUGCCUCGCUGGUCCCCACAGAUCCCCCGCCGAGACCUGGGCAACUCCAUAAAGCACAGGUUCUCCACCAAGUACUGGAUGUCCCAGACCUGCACUGUCUGCGGGAAAGGAAUGUUGUUUGGCUUAAAGUGCAAAAACUGCAAGCUCAAGUGCCACAACAAAUGCACCAAAGAGGCCCCUCCGUGCCACCUGCUCAUCAUCCACCGCGGAGGUAAGGCACGGUUGGUGCGGACCGAGUCGGUGCCCUGUGACAUCAACAACCCCCUGCGCAAGCCCCCGCGCUAUUCGGACCUGCACGUCAGCCAGACGCUCCCCAAAACCAACAAGCUCAACAAGGACCACAUCCCGGUGCCCUACCAGCCGGAUUCCAGCAGCAAUCCCUCCUCCACCACCUCCUCCACGCCAUCCUCGCCGGCCCCACCACUGCCACCCAGCGCCACGCCGCCGUCCCCGCUGCACCCAUCCCCGCAGUGCCCACGCCAGCAGAAACAGUUCAACCUGCCAGCCUCCCAUUACUACAAGUACAAGCAGCAGUUCAUUUUCCCAGAUGUGGUGCCUGAGACGCCAACCCGAGCCCCACAGGUGGUCUUGCACCCCGUCACAUCCAACCCCAUCCUGGAAGGAAAUCCAUUACUUCAAAUUGAAGUGGAGCCCACGUCAGAGAAUGAGGAAGGCACCGAGGAGGCUCAGGAGUCAGAGGAUGACUUUGAGGAGAUGAACCUCUCGCUCCUCUCCGCCCGCAACUUCCCCCGCAAAGCCAGCCAGACCAGCAUCUUCCUGCAGGAGUGGGACAUCCCCUUUGAGCAGCUGGAGAUCGGUGAGCUCAUUGGCAAGGGCCGCUUUGGGCAGGUCUUCCAUGGCCGCUGGCACGGGGAAGUGGCCAUCCGUCUCAUCGACAUCGAGCGGGACAACGAGGACCAGCUGAAGGCUUUCAAGAGGGAGGUGAUGGCGUACCGGCAGACGCGGCACGAGAACGUGGUGCUCUUCAUGGGAGCCUGCAUGAGCCCUCCACACCUUGCCAUCAUCACCAGCUUGUGUAAAGGACGGACUCUCUACUCGGUGGUGAGAGACGCCAAAAUCGUCCUGGAUGUCAACAAGACGAGGCAGAUAGCACAGGAGAUUGUGAAGGGCAUGGGGUACCUGCAUGCCAAAGGGAUCCUCCACAAAGAUCUCAAGUCCAAAAAUGUUUUCUAUGACAACGGGAAGGUUGUGAUCACAGACUUCGGCCUCUUCAGCAUCUCGGGAGUUCUCCAGGCAGGCAGGAGGGAGAACAAACUGCGGAUCCAGAAUGGCUGGCUGUGCCACCUGGCCCCUGAGAUCAUCCGCCAGCUCUCGCCCGACACUGAGGAGGACAAGUUGCCCUUCUCCAAGCACUCGGACGUCUUUGCUCUGGGCACCAUCUGGUAUGAGCUGCAUGCACGAGAAUGGCCCUUCAAGACACAGCCGGCGGAGGCGAUAAUAUGGCAGGUUGGGCGAGGGAUGAAACCCAACCUCAGCCAGAUCGGGAUGGGCAAGGAGAUCUCGGACAUCCUGCUGUUCUGUUGGGCCUACGAGCAGGAGGAGCGACCCACCUUCACCAAGCUCAUGGACAUGCUGGAGAAACUGCCAAAGCGCAACCGUCGCCUUUCCCACCCUGGGCACUUCUGGAAGUCAGCAGAGUAA